AUUUUAUCGAUAAGAUUUCUGCUUUACAUUUUCCAACACCACAAUUAUAUGAACAAAAAAAAAACAAAGAAAGCUUGGGAGAGCAAAAACUGAAUUUAUUUUAUGACUGCCUUUUUGUGUUAAUAAUCAGCUAUAAGAUUAGUCAAAAGUGGCUUACGCGUACAGUACAACUAUCAAAGCCGUAAUGAAGGCCACAACGCAAAAAUUGUCGAAAUUGCGCGAGCUGAUGCAGCGGGCGUGUCCGCCAGAAGCAUCCGGAAUUAGCGCUUAUGUGGUUCCAUCCGGAGACGCCCAUCAGAGUGAAUAUCAGUGUGCGCAUGACGAGAGACGAGCUUUUAUUAGCGGUUUCACCGGAUCGGCGGGAACUGCAGUUAUAACGACGGACAAGGCGCUGCUGUGGACAGAUGGACGCUAUUAUCAGCAGGCGGAAAAGGAGCUGGAUGCCAAUUGGACGCUGAUGAAGGAUGGACUGGCAACGACGCCAUCAAUUGGCUAUUGGCUAGGAAAGCAUCUGCCCAAGGGCAGUGCCGUCGGCGUUGAUCCAUGUCUAUUCUCAUUCCGUUUGGGGAAAACCAUUGAGAAAGAACUUAACGCUGCCGAGUGCAAUUUGGUCGGCAUCGAGCGCAAUUUAAUUGAUGAUGUUUGGGGUGAUGAGCAACCACCGCUAACCUCUAAUAAAAUUAUAACACUGAAGUUGGACUUUGCCGGUGAUACGAUUGCCAAGAAAUGGGAGCGGGUUCGUCAGCAGAUGACAAUGCAAAAUACAAGCGCUCUUAUUGUUACUGCCCUGGAUGAGAUCGCUUGGUUCUUAAACCUACGUGGCUCCGAUAUUGACUACAAUCCCGUAUUUUUCGCAUUUAUGAUCGUAACACAUGAUGAUAUUGUUCUCUUUGCCGAUUCACAGAAGCUGCCAGACAACAUUAAGGAUCAUCAAAGUGAAAACAAUGUUCACAUUACGCUUCGACCUUAUGAAUCCAUUGGCGAUGGAGUUCGUAAAAUUGUCGCCAAUUCAAACGGAAAAAUUUGGAUAUCAUCCACAAGCAGUUUAUAUUUGAAUUCUCUAGUGCCGAAAUCAGCUAGACAUCAGGAGAUCACACCAAUUGCAUUGCUAAAAGCAAUCAAAAAUGAUACAGAGAUUAAAGGAUUUGUCAAUAGUCACAUACGAGAUGGUGUUGCAUUAUGUCAGUAUUUUGCCUGGCUGGAAGAUGCCGUCAAGAAGGGAGAGCAGGUUGAUGAAAUGUCUGGCGCUGACAAGCUGGAAUCGUUCCGUAAAACUAAGGAUAAUUAUAUGGGGCUCAGUUUUACAACUAUUAGUUCGUCAGGUCCAAAUGGCUCGGUUAUUCAUUAUCAUCCAGCCAAGGAGACGAAUCGACCAAUUAAUGAUAAAGAGAUUUACUUAUGUGAUUCUGGCGCACAGUACCUCGAUGGCACAACAGAUGUAACCAGAACUUUUCACUUCGGCAAUCCGACGGACUUUCAAAAGGAAACGUAUACUCGAGUUCUUAAGGGUCAAUUGACAUUGGGCUCAACAGUAUUCCCAACGAAGAUCAAGGGCCAAGUCUUAGAUGUUUUGGCCAGGAAGUCACUAUGGGAUAUUGGCUUGGACUAUGGCCAUGGAACUGGCCACGGCGUUGGUCAUUUCUUGAAUGUCCACGAAGGACCAAUGGGCGUUGGGUUCCGCCUUAUGCCCGACGAUCCUGGACUUCAGGAGAACAUGUUCAUUUCAAACGAACCCGGUUUUUACAAAGAUGGCGAAUUUGGUAUACGCAUUGAGGACAUUGUACAAAUUGUUCCAGCACAACCCAAGCAUAAUUUCGCUAGCCGUGGUGCACUCACAUUCAGAACCAUAACCAUGUGCCCAAAACAAACUAAAAUGGUUGUCAAGGAACUUCUUACCGAACAGGAAAUCAAAUUACUCAACGACUAUCAUCAGUUAGUUUGGGAAACCCUUUCUCCACUUUUAUCGGAGGACGCCUUCACUCUAAACUGGCUUAAAAAUGAAACCAAAGCCAUAUAGUUAUCUUUCAACUAUAUGUUUACAUCUUAUAUUUUUUCAAUGGAUUAAUAAUAAAUAUCAAGUUCAAAAACUAA